AUGUUGCCAACGAUCGAUCUUUUUGAUCAAAAAUUUUUAUCAAAUGCUCAUUUCAUCGAUCUCAUAAAAUCCCUCAAUUUACUCGGGGAUAUUAUCUUAAAUAUACCCACUCUCGCCGAUUCAUCUUCAAUAGAUAAAUUCCUUGAAACUCAUCCAAUAGAUUUAUAUUGGGUAAAUCCAAUUAAAGAACAAGAAUUCACUGAUAAUGAAACCAUCAUACGUUUAUUGAAUCAAGGAGCCGAAAAAAUUAUUAUCCCGUCUUCAAAUGUAUUAUCUUUGGAUUUUAGUUAUAUACCAGCAGAUAGAUUAGCUGUUAGUAUAAAUUUAGAUCAAUCAAAAGAUACUGAAGAAUUAAUUAAAAAAUUAACCGGGUCGGUUUCUGCAUAUUUAAUUAACGUAACAAUCAAUUCAACAAAAUCUCUUCCUGAAAAUUUAAUUCGAAAUUUAAGCGAUUUAACUAAAUUAGCACAAAAAAAUUUAUUACCAUCCGGAGGCCAAGUAAAAGUAGGAAUCAUUUUAUCGGAUGCAGUUAAUUGCAAUACUACACCUUCAAUCGAAAUAAUUAAACAAUUAUCGGGAAUUUCCGCGUGUUUAGUUGCAUCUAUUGAGAAACUUACACUUGAUCAUACAAACGAUGAAGAAUCGAUUAAUAUUUCAAAAUCAUUAACUUGCACUUUGAAAACAGAUCGCCCCGAUGAAUUAUUUACGACUAUUGUCGCGGAUGAGCGGGGUGAGGCAUUAGGAAUUGUGUAUUCUUCUGCCGAAAGUAUCCAAGAAGCGAUUAAAACUAGAACAGGUGUAUAUCAAAGUAGAAAGCGAGGUUUAUGGUAUAAGGGCGCUACUUCAGGAGCAAUUCAGGAAUUAGAAAAAAUUCAAGUUGAUUGCGAUUCUGAUUCGCUUAGAUUCAUCGUAAAGCAACAUGGACCAGGGUUUUGUCACUUGAAUGUUCGUACGUGUUUUGGUGUUAGUAAAGGAUUGGCUGCACUUGAGCAAACUCUUCAAAAUCGAAAGGAACUUGCACCUCUUGGCUCAUAUACAGCAAAAUUAUUUAAAAAUCCAGAUUUACUUCAUUCAAAGAUUAUGGAAGAAGCCGAUGAACUGUGUUCAGCCAAGACCAAGGACGAAAUUGCUUGGGAAGCAGCCGAUUUAAUAUAUUUUUCACUUGUGAAAUGUGUAGCAAACGGCGUUUCUUUAAAAGAUAUUGAGACGCAUUUGGAUAAGCGGUCAAAAAAAAUCACUCGUAGACCCGGAAAUGCUAAGCCCAAAUGGGAUGUUACAUCAACAAAGCGGAAUGAAUCACUAGCGAAGCCAGUACCCACUUCCUCAUCAACCGAAAGUGAAAUCAUUAAAAUGCAAAAAUUCAAUUUAUCAGAUAUAAGUGAUACACAAAGGAAAUCACUUCUUCAACGUCCCAUCAUUAAAUCUGAUGAUAUUAUGUCUCGAGUUCGUCCAAUUGUAGAAGAUGUUAGAAAAAGAGGUGACACUGCACUCGUUGAACUCACAGCAAAAUUUGAUGGUGUGAAACUUGAAUCUCCCGUAAUUUCGGCUCCUUUCCUUCCAGAGUCGAUGGCACUUGAUGAAUCCACACGUCUUGCUAUCGAUCAAGCGUACGAUAAUAUCUAUAAAUUUCAUGAUGCGCAAUAUGAUCGAUCUACUUUAGUCGUUGAGACGAUGCCAGGAGUGAUUUGUUCUCGAUUUAGUCGUCCAAUUGAACGCGUUGGAUUGUAUGUUCCUGGUGGAACAGCAAUCUUACCUUCCACAACACUCAUGUUGGGGAUUCCCGCUAAGGUUGCAGGGUGUAAACAAAUUAUUAUCGCGAGUCCACCACGAAAAGAUGGAACUGUUGUACCAGAAGUUUUAUAUGUUGCUCACAAAGUUGGGGCUUCAAAAGUAUUAUUGGCCGGUGGUGCUCAGGCUGUAGCAGCUCUUGCUUAUGGAACCGAAUCUAUCCCUAAAGUCGAUAAAAUAUGUGGACCUGGUAAUCAAUAUGUUACUGCUGCAAAAAUGUUGGUUCAAAAUGAUAGUUCUGCGAUGAUUUCUAUUGAUAUGCCAGCGGGACCUUCAGAAUUGUUGGUCAUAGCAGAUGAUACGAGUAAUCCAGCAUAUGUUGCUUCAGAUUUAUUAUCACAAGCAGAGCAUGGAGUGGAUUCUCAAGUGGUGUUGGUGGCGGUAUCACUUACACCUGACCAUCUGGCAAGAAUUGAACGUGAAAUUCACGUACAAGCAAGUGUGUUACCAAGAGUAAAUAUUGUUAGUCAAUCGAUUCCAAAAAGUUUUAUAUUACAAGUAAAUAGUUUGGAAGAGGCCAUGAAAUUUUCUAAUGAUUAUGCUCCUGAACAUUUAAUUUUGCAUUUGGAUGAGGCUGAAAAAUUACUUGAAAAGGUUGAGAAUGCUGGAAGUGUUUUUGUCGGAUCUUAUUCUCCGGAAAGUUGUGGAGAUUACGCAUCUGGUACAAAUCAUACAUUGCCUACAUAUGGAUACGCAAGAAUGUAUUCUGGAGUAAAUACUUUGACAUUCUUGAAACAUAUUACAUCUCAACAAUUAACUAAAGAAGGAUUACAAAAGUUGGGAACUACUGUAAUGAGAUUGGCAGAGGUUGAAGAAUUAGAAGCUCAUAGAAAUGCUGUUCAUGUUAGAGUCAAAGACAUUGAAGCUGAAAUGUGUCAAAAUAAGUAA